AUGAACUUGGCUAAAGGAGUCUCAAUGUCGCUGCCAUCCUCACCUCUGCUGCCACGCCAGUCCUGUUUGGUGCAGUCAAGAGCAAACAAAAAGUCUCCAGGUCUGGUCAGGAAGCCCAAGUAUGUGGAAAGUCCUCGGGUGCCAGGUGAGGCAGCUCUGCCGCUGAGAAAGGGAUCAGAGGAAAGAGAACCCAGCCAGAAUGCAAAGCCUGGUAAAGACUCGAGCUGUUCUCCUGCAGCACAAGAACUGAUGACAAGAUUGGGUUUUUUACUGGGAGAAGGGAUCCCAACUUCUGCUCAUAUGGAAGAGAAAAAUGAAGUCAUGUGUGCAGUGGCCAGUCAAGGAGUGAGUCCAUGUUCCACCCUGACAAGCAGCACCACAUCACCCAGCACCGACAGUCCCUGCUCCACUCUCAAUAGUGGCGUGGGCAGGGCAGCAGCUCACAAAGGCAGCCCCUGUGGAACCAUCAGCAGCCCUAGCUCCACCCUGGAGAGCAAGGACAGUGGAAUUAUAGCAACUAUAACAAGUUCAUCAGAAAAUGAUGAUCGUAGUGGAUCCAGUUUGGAAUGGAGCAAGGAUGGCAGUCUCAGAGCUGGAAAACAUCAAGGGAUUAGUCAUGAGCGAAGAACAGAUAAUUGUUCACCAGUUGCAGAAGAGGAAGCCGUGGGAUCUGCUGAGAACUUGCCAAAAGAAGUACCAAGAGGAGAGGGCCCUGUUCCUUAUGCUCAAAGUUCUGGCUCUUUAAUAAUGCCUCGUCCAAACUCUGUUGCAGCAACAAGUUCAACCAAACUGGAAGAUCUGAGCUACUUGGAUGGACACAGAAACGCUCCUUUGCGCACCUCAAUCCGCCUGCCCUGGCACGGCACUGCUGGUGGGAGAGCACAGCCGGAUGGUAAAGCUCGUUUCAUCCCCUAUAAGCCUCAAGACAUCUUACUGAAGCCACUGUUGUUUGAAGUGCCAAGUAUAACAACAGACUCGGUGUUUGUGGGAAGAGAAUGGCUGUUUCAAGCCAUUGAAGAAAAACUGAAGAACACUGAUCCAGCAGAGAACAGGGGAGCAGUCAUCACAGGAAACGUGGGAUUUGGGAAGACUGCAAUUAUUUCACGGCUGGUGGCACUGAGCUGCCAUGGGAGUCGCAUGAGGCAAAUAGCUUCAAAUAGCCCUAAUUCAUCCCCCAAAAGUGGUGACUCUGGUCAGGAGAUUCCCUUAAGUCAGUUAUCCCCUUCUGCUCCUCAAACAAGUGGCACCAAUACAAUGAAGACUCUCAGUUGUCCUGAUGCUCCAGAAUACCAAAAUCUAACAGGUGAUUCUGUGAGACGCCUUGCUUCAAAGGUGGUUGCUUAUCACUACUGUCAAGCUGACAACACAUACACGUGUCUGGUCCCGGAGUUCGUGCACAGUGUCGCGGCGUUGCUGUGCCGCUCGCCUGCGCUGGCCGCCUACAGAGACCUCCUGGUGAAGGAGCCUCACCUACAGAGCAUGCUCAGCCUGAGAUCUUGUGUGCAGGAUCCUGCUGCAGCUUUUAAAAGGGGUGUGUUGGAACCACUUUCAAAUCUCAGGAAAGAGCAGAAGAUUCCUGAGGAGGACUACAUAAUUUUGAUAGAUGGUUUAAAUGAUGCUGAAUUUCAUAAACCUGAUUAUGGUGACACGAUUUCUUCAUUUAUCACAAGCAUAAUCUGUAAGUUUCCUCCCUGGCUGAAGCUCAUUGUGACUAUAAGAACUAACCUCCAGGAAGUAGUACGUUCACUGCCCUUUUUUGCAAUAUCCCUGGACCAUUUUCCAGACAACAAAGACAUUCAUGAUGACUUGAAUGCUUAUAUCCAGUACAGAAUAAAUGACAGCCAGGAAAUUAUAAACAACAUAUCUCUAAAUGGAAAAGCUGAUGCAGCUAUUAUUGGGAAAGUGAGUAACCACCUGAUCAUGAGAAGCCUGGGAUCUUACCUCUAUUUGAAACUCACUCUGGAUCUUUUCCAAAAAGGUCACUUAGUAAUCAAAAGUGCAAGCUACAAGGUUGUUCCAGUGUCCCUGUCAGAACUGUACUUACUUCAGUGCAAUAUGAAGUUCAUGACAAACUCUGCUUUCGAGAGAGCCCUGCCUAUAUUAAAUGUGGCACUGGCAUCCCUACAUCCCAUGACAGAUGACCAGAUUUUCCAAGCUAUUAAUGCAGGCCAAAUAAAUGGUGAACAACAAUGGGAAGACUUCAGCCAAAGGAUGGAAGCCCUUUCAUGUUUUCUGAUAAAAAGACGUGACAAAACACGGAUGUUCUGCCACCCCUCCUUCAGGGAAUGGCUUGUUUGGAGAGCAGAGGGUGAGAAUACUGACUUCUUAUGUGAGCCAAGGAAUGGACAUGCUCUACUGGCUUUCAUGUUUUCUCGACAAGAGGGAAAGUUAAACCGCCAACAAACCAUGGAACUUGGCCACCAUAUACUUAAAGCUCACAUUUUUAAGGGUCUCAGUAAAAGGACUGGAAUUUCUUCCAGUCAUCUUCAAGCCUUGUGGGUUGGUUACAGCACAGAUGGACUGUCUGCAGCCCUGGCUUCUCUGAGAAACAUCUACACACCCAAUGUGAAGGUGAGUCGGCUGCUGAUCUUGGCAGGAGCAAAUGUGAAUUAUAGGACUGAAGUACUAAAUAAUGCUCCAGUGCUGUGUGUGCAGUCACACCUUGGACAUGAAGAAGUGGUCACUCUUCUCCUAGAAUUUGGAGCUGCUGUUGAUGGAACUUCAGAGAAUGGGAUGACAGCACUUAGUUAUGCAGCUGCUGCAGGGCACAUGAACAUAGUUUCAUUGCUGUGUAGAAGAGGUGCAAAGGCUGACUGCUUAGACAAGAAAGGCCAGUGUGCUUUAGUCCAUAGUGCCCUGAGAGGCCAUUGUGAUAUCCUUGAAUACUUGCUCAACGCUGUUUGGGUGACUCCUUCCCAAGAACUAAAUUCAAUAAGUAAAAGCCAGGCACUGCAACAAGCCCUAACAGCAGCUUCCAGCAUGGGACACUGUCAGGUGGUUGGUUACAUCUUGACAACUGAAAAGGACAAUGAAAUAGACAUCAAUGACACUGAUGCAUUGUGGGGAGAAACAGCCCUGACAGCUGCUGCAGGAAGAGGGAAGCUGGAAGUUUGCGAGCUGCUUCUAGCGCGUGGAGCCGCCGUGAGGAGAGUCAACAGGAGGGGGGUUCCUCCGCUGCUCUGUGCCGUCCGGCAGGGCCACUGGCAGAUUGCUAAACUCCUAGUGGAGCACGGGUCUGAUGUGAAUUUGAGCGACAGGCAAGGCCGAACUCCACUUAUGGUGGCUUCUUGUGAAGGACAUUUGAGCACUGUGGAAUUUCUGCUUUCUGAAGGUGCAAAUAUUUCAUCUCUGGACAAAGAAGGACUGACAGCUUUGAGCUGGGCAUGUCUGAAAGGCCACAGGGAAGUGGUUCAGUACCUGGUUGAGAAAGGUGCAACGACUGACCAGACAGACAAGAAUGGGCGAACACCCCUAGACCUGGCAGCUUUUUAUGGAGAUGCUGAUAUUGUGCAGUACUUGGUGGAGAAAGGAGCAAUGAUUGAGCACAUGGACCUGAGCGGGAUGCGGCCCCUGGACAGAGCCAUCGGCUGCCGGAACGCGGCCGUGGUGGUGACGCUGCUGCGCCAGGGAGCCAAGCUGGGAAAUGCGGCAUGGGCGAUGGCUACCUCAAAACCAGAUAUUCUCCUUAUUCUACUGCAGAAACUGAUGGAAGAAGGAAAUAUACUGUACAAAAAAGGCAAGAUGAAGGAAGCAGCCCAGCGCUAUCAAUAUGCCUUGAGGAAGUUUCCCAGGGAAGGCUUUGGGGAAGAAAUGAAAGCUUUCAAUGAGCUGAGAGUUUCAUUGUACCUGAAUUUAUCACGAUGCCGCCGAAAAACAAAUGACUUUGGUAUGGCUGAAGAGUUUGCUACCAAAGCACUGGAUCUGAAACCCAAGUCUUAUGAAGCCUAUUAUGCUCGAGCAAGAGCCAAGAGGAACAGCAGAAAGCUGCUUGCUGCUCUUGCUGAUUUACGUGAAGCCACACAGCUGUGUCCCAGCAAUCAAGAGAUAAAACGUCUCCUGGCUCGAGUAGAAGAGGAAUGCAAACAGUUCCAGAAAACACAACAACAGAAGCAUCCGUCUCCACAGCUACUGCAGCAAAUUAACAACUCUGAUAAUGAGGAGGAGGUCAUUACGCAAGGUGUGAAUGAGAAUUUUGUUCUUCAAGACAGGGUGGAUGAUCUGCCACAGCCCGAUGAGUCCGUUUCCUCUCCACACAGACUGCAGCGUUCUGCAGCUGCUCCAUCAUACAGCAGGACCCUGCAGGAAGGUGUUCAGCAGAAAGCCAGGUCUGCGUCCCCUCAGAGCAGAACAGGCAGCAAAUACCUGAGAGAGCCAGGCCUGGUCAUGCAGCCAACAAAGCAGGCUCAGAUUGUAAAAACUAAUCAGCGCCUGAGCUCCAACCAGCCUGGCUCAAGAACAGGAAGCAGUCAGUGCAGUACAAAGACACAGUCAUCUUUUCAGCAUCUUCCCCACAGUCCCUUGCCUGUCAGGCACUCUAAAAUGCAGCAUUUGGAUGGAUCAACCACUUUGUCACCUGGAAACAUUUCCACGGGUCCUGGUUCUGAACCAUGCAAUGAGUUCAUGUCCAGCCCAAGUUUCCACUCACACAAUGAGGACACCUCUGCUCACUCCUUUGCAAGCAAGGCCAAAGCUGCCGACAGGUUCCCAGCCCCUGCUCAGAUGAGUUUCAGUGAAGCAAGGCAGCAAAGCCCUGGCACCAGUGGCUCCCCAUCCAGCAGCAUGAUUCUUGCUGCCUCAGCCAGCAGCCUGCCAUCAGCUAGUGGUUUUCCUGACAGCUUGAAGGGCCCAGGCCCAGACGUGCGACUCAAGGAGCCUGUUCCUCACCUUCAGGGCUCUGGAGCUGAGCACAGACCCCGCAACACCCCCUUCAUGGGCAUCAUGGACAAGACUGCCAGGUUUCAGCAGCAGAACACUCACUCCAGCCGCACGUGGCACUCUCAGGCAUCAGAUGGAUUGUCUACAUCUGCUGCUUCUGGGGCCCUUCCAGCCCCAGAUUUUGAGCAGUUCUCAGUCAAACACUACCCAACUAAAACUCCCUCUGCGAGUGCUGCCUCAGGAGACAGCAACCAGAACAGCAUGCAGGGCAACGACCGCGAGGAGCCAAAGUGCCAAAUACCCACCCACUGCCAAGACAGCAGAGCCCCUAAACAAGCCUCCCAUUUAUACCCAGAUGCUGUCUCCAAGCAGCAGUCUAACAUCAAUAAGGAAGGCCAGCUAAGUCAUGUCACAGCUACAAAACCAAAGCGAUCAUUCAUUGAAUCAAAUGUAUAA